AUGGACACAGACAGAAGACCUAUCCGCGCAGCACUAUUCCGCAGCGUCAUCGCAGACCAAGACAUUCCGUCUUGUCGCAAGGUCGACCACUCCCGCACGACUACAGACCAGGAUCCUCUGUGCCGACCCCCGUUCCUCAACAUGAUCACAGACCACGACAUGGAUAACAUCGCUGAGAGCAGAGAGAAUCCGUGUCAAACCCAGUUCGACUACUCUACAGCGACCUCCGGUAGCACGGCGCCUGUCUGGGUGCACAAGAACCCGUACACCUCUCGCCUGCGCUUCCCCCGACUGAGCCGUGAUCUCGAGGGAGAGGUCGUCAUCAUCGGAGCAGGCAUCGCCGGCGUACAGACCGCAUACGAACUUGUCAGUAAGGGCCGCAGCGUGGUACUGCUCGAGGGCCGAAGGAUUCUGAGCGGCGAGACGGGUCGAACAUGCGGACAACUGACGACUGCAAUGCCGGACGGGUAUGCUGAUUUGAUUGAGAAGCAUGGCGAUGGGGUAGCGCGCAUGGCUGCCGAGAGUCACCACUGGGCUAUCAAUCGCGUGCACCAGCUCCAGGGGAAGCACGGUAUUCCAUGCGAGUUUCGCUACUUGCCUUUAUACCGAUUCAACCACAUCCGCCCAGGAGGAGACCCGGAAGAGUACCAACAGGAACUCUACAAGAGCCGUCAGAAGAUGCAGCACGAGUAUGAAGCGGCCCGAGAUCUGGGUCUGAAUGUCGAGCUCAGAGAGGGAGUCAACAUCAAAGGCUGGGACUGCCAACCGGACCAGCGUGACUGCCUCGUCUUCCAUGACCAGGCCGCCUUCCACCCCACGAGUUAUCUCAACGGUAUUUUGAAGUGGUUGAGCGAACAGCCAAACUUCAAAGCAUUCGCCUACACCCGGGUGACGGGAGUUGUCGAGAAGAAACGCGGCAUCGGACGGCUUGGUGGGAAAAACGUGGAGAUCAAGACGGAGAUCGGCCAUACCGUCAACUGCGAGGAAGUCGUACUGGCGACGGGUGUUCCGCUGCAUCGAGAAAGCAUUGUCGCGCGAAUGGAGUACAUGCGCAUGUACUGCAUCGCCGUCAAAGUGCCCAGAGGAAUUCCUGAGGAUUGCCUGGUGUGCGAGAUGGAUCGAGAGUACAAGUGCAUGCGCCUCACGGAGUGCGAUGGCGAGAACUUCUAUCUGAUCGUCGGCGAAAGUGAUCGCAAAUGCUACGAAGGCAAGCCAGUCGACAGGUUCAAGGAACUGGAAACUUGGACGCGAGAGCGCUUCCCCAAGGCCGGAUCUGUUGACUAUGCGUGGAUGGGUCAGCAAUUCGAGCCAAGCGAUCGUAUGGGCUCUGACCGCAUGGGCUUUGUUGGUCGCGACCCGGGCACCCAGCACACCUGGAUCAUCGCCGGCAAUUCUGGCAAUGGUCUCACCCACGGAGUGAUCGCUGGAGAGCUCUUGGCCCACGAAAUGAAGGGCAAAGGCAACCCCCGAAACAAACGCAAAUUCGGAGGCAAAGACAAAUACAGGGACAAGGACAAGGACAAGGACAAAUGCAAAGAUCAAAGCAAAGGUCAUGCCUGGUCUGCUCUGUACAAGCCGGAGAGGUUCAUUUCCGAAGCGCCAGCCGAGGAAGCGAACGACUCUUGGAUGCGGAAAUUCGACUAUUUUGUUAAAUCAUUCGGGCGGACGUUGUGA